UAAUCCAUGUAAAAUAAUCACGUGAAUAACAUUAUCUGAUCAACGUUAGUUGAAAAGCCGUAGUUACUUUCAAAUGCUCUGCAGAUACAUAUCGUAUUUGUAUUGAUCAAUAUAGAUAGCAUUUGCUUUCUCUGUAUGUGGACCUAACGUGAACAUGUGUGAUGAAGAUGGUGCUGCGGAAGAUUAUCCGACCGAGAUUGCGGAGUCCCUGACGGGAUUUGACUCCUCUGUGGGUUCGGUUAAUAAAAUGGUGGACACAAUGAUCUCUUUGUCGAAAAACGAGCUUCUUCAGAAACUCGAUCCCUUGGAGCAAGCCAAACUGGAUUUGAUGUCGGCUUAUUCCCUGAAUUCACUGUUUUGGAUUUAUUUGGUGACUCAAGGAAUCAACCCAAAAGACCAUGGAAUUAAACAGGAAUUGGAGCGGAUCAGGACCUACAUGAACAAAGUGAAGGAGAUCACAGACAGGAAGAAGGCGGCUCGUCUGGACAGAGGGGCCGCGUCGCGCUUCGUGAGGAACGCCCUGUGGGAGCCGGAGAGCGAGAAGCCCGAGGCCGAGGGGCCCCAUCAGUCUAAACGGCGGAAGCAGAGCUGAGCUGAGCCGAGCCAAAUCGGGCCGUGCCGAGCCGAACUGUGCUGAAAGAGCGCGAGGAAUUAUGUGCCAUGCACAAAGGAAAAGAGAAACGAGUCCUCACCACAAACCUGAGAGACUGUCAGUUUUCUUCAUUUCAAUUUAAAAAAAAAAAUUUUUUUUUGGGGGGGGGGGAGGUUUGGCUGCAAUGGAAAGGAUUAACUGUUAGCAUUAUUACAGAUGUGUAAUUUGUAAUUAUGUUUGUUUGGUGUACUGAAUGUUGCAGAAGGAAUAUGUACAUUAAUUAAAAUGCAAGGAAUUUCUUAA